GGAAUGGAGGAUACCCCUUUGCCCAUACACUGUCUCCCCCAUAUUCUCUUGAAAAUAUAACCUGCUGCAAACUCGAAAUCGCUUUCACCCCCAGCUCCAACCAAAUUCAGUCACACUAGAGUUAUAAUCUAUUCUUCAAGAAUAAGGAAAUCAUGGACGGUUGCAAGCAAAUCUCUACUCAACCCGCUGGCUCUGGACAAAUGAGUAUCAGCAAUGCCGACCCCGGCCUCGAAUCGCAACAAGCAGUGACCGAGACCGGCGGGUCAUCUAAACCAAUAGCCCGCGGCCCGCUGUCGAAAGCCGUCCUGCGGAUGCGCGGCGGCGAGGGCCACCAUUGCAUCGCCGAAUGCUGCUGCUGUCUCUGCAUCUGCUGUGGAAUCGAAGAGCUGUUAUGCAUCGAAGCGAUCGACGACUGUUUUGGGAUGUGUUGCUAGGCCUCGAGAGACCCGGCCAGCCCCCCCUGAUGUGUCUCCAUAUUUAUCCGCCCAUCGUCGGCCGUCUAGUCGUGUUGUACUGCCCGCUCUUGAUUCCUGCUUCUUGCUUUAUCUGCUUGUACCAACCCCGUCGAUGUGAUCAGCUAGGUAUAGGAUGUGGAUGCCUUUGCUCACAACGCAGGCCCAAAACUUGGCCUUGUCCUGUCGACACAUGUUGUAAUGUCGUCCGGCUCAAGCGAAAGCAAUCCAUGUGUCUCUGCACAGGCUACUCAGUAGCUCUUGGGUGCGCUUUGAGGAAGCAAGACCGACCGCUUGCCUUUGUGAACAUCCAUAGAUCCCUGUAUUGGGAAAUAGUGCCUAUGUAUGCGUUCAACGUGAAAAUGUCAUGGUACAUGAUAUGCUUGCACAGCACUUGGUCUUGGACAGCAUGCAUGAUGAUGGAUAACACGGGCAUGGAUCGUCACUAUCUUGCAACUCCCGCGCUCACAUU